AUGGCGCAGCAUUCACCUGGAGCUGAGCCCCUGACCCCCCAGCUACUCGCAGGCGAAGGUGGUGCGCCCUUCUCGCUCAGGAACGACUCGUUUAAUUUCGCGGGGCCGGGUGUUUUGCCCAUCAGCCUUUUGACUGGCGCAGCGCCCCGUGCCGCGCUCCGCCAGUGCCGCCCUCCGCCAGCUGCCCUCACUGCCAGCCCUCAGCCGGGGCUGACCCGGCUGCAGCCCGGGCAGGGGAUGAGGAAACGCCGCCGUGCGGGACGAGGUGGCGGGCAAGGUCCUAGUGAGCACUGUCAGCGGGGCUCUGGGUGUCCUCAAGACAGUGCUGCCCAAGCAUUCAAAGAGGAGAAGAAAUUAAGCGGAUCUCAGCAGGAAGGAGCAGAUGGAGCCAAGGUUAAGACAGAAUCUGCUGCAGCCGAGCCAUCGGGUCCUGUUGCAGAGACAUUCAGAGUUAUUCAAGGGGCAAUGACUGAAGAGUAUGUGAGAAGUACUCAAGGUGUCUUUCAGUUUGAGUUAUCUGGUGAUGGUGGAGGCACUUGGUAUAUUGACCUGAAGACCAAGGGUGGGAGCGCUGGCUUCGGAAAGCCUCCUGUGACAGCUGACGUGGUUAUGAGCAUGUCGAGUGCCGACUUUGUGAAAAUGUUCACAGGUGAGGGACAAAGGCCUUUGUCAGGGGACGCAGGUACCGGUGCCCAGAAAAGCCUCUGCUGCUUCUGGCUUUGUGAUCUGGGAUUGGAGGAGCUUUCGGCUUCUUGUGGCUCAAGGGAACGGGUAGGCAAGAACUGCUUGGAUUUUUCUGCACUCUCAUGUCCUGUGAACAGGAAGAGUGCAAAAGCUUGCCCUGCUUUUAUUAACCAGCUACUGACAUUUUAGCAGCCAGGCUAGCUUCAGAAAGA